CAAUCCUCAUGCGAGCUUGAGCCUGUGUGGCCGUGUAAGUGACGAUCCAUCCAGCGGUACGAAGGUCAAGCAUUAGCAGAUUAACUUACUUACAUGGAGACAGGCCUUGCUAUGGCCGUCUAACGCUAACCUCAUUGGACAAAAUGUUCCUUCCCUUCGUGCUGCUAUGCGUGUAUGCGGCCUCAGCACAGGCACAGGCUGUAGAUAUCACACAGCAAAAGAACAAUUUAUGGGGCGAGCGAGGCCUGUCCAAUCCAUCGCGACGAAUUCGCGACAUCGCCGAUAAUGCCCUGCUGUACUUCAACGCAACUACAGAGAUGAGGCCAGUGCUCCUGUUUACAAUUGCAACGCCAGCAUCGCUGAACACAACACUCCCACGCUUGUUGGCAAACUUGGCUUCCUUCAAGAGCAACGACCAGGUGGAUACAUACGGGCAUGUAACAACGCUCGCAGAGCACACGAUCGUGGCGUCCACCUCAAUGCCGGUGCAACUGGGAUGCGACAGCCUUCAACGUCUAUACCAACACAAAUGCUACGAGUUCGACCACGCGCUCAACGCUGGCGUGGAGGACAUGUUUGUACUCAGCAAGACAAAGGCGCACGCGUACUCCUUAGGUCUAACACGCAUAAAGGCACUCGUGGACAUGAUAUCCUUGGGCUACGAUGUGUUCUACUUCGACCUGCACCACAUCUUUUUCCAGAACCCGCUCAAGUACAUGUACACCCAGACAACCGCGCCGGUGGUGGUGUCCGGCACCCCUGCCAGCGGGUGUAGGCCACUGGCUGCCGGCCCCGAUGGCCGCCUGCCGGACGACCACCACCGACUAGACAUUCUGUUCAUUCGCAGCCAGCCCAGCAGCUUCAGGUGUCUGUACAACUGGCUGUACUGGAGCACGCACACCGCUCACGACGUCAACGACAAGCCUCUAGACCACCACACCUUCCGCAACACCAUGCAGGAGUGCGUGAGCUCCCUGGGUACCUCGGUGGUCAAUGUUGGGUAUCUGGACCCGCACGCUUUCCCUUCGGACUGCGCAACAAAGUGCGGCUGCAACAACAACGCGCCGGUAGAACCGGGGCCGGACGGCAACUGCCCCAAGGACGUUAUGCCCAAGUGGGUGGGCUACCUGCUGGGCUGCAGCGGCAGCAACCCCGCGCUGGACGCUAGCAUGAUCAAGUACCAGACCAUGUGGGCAGCCUGGAACGCCACGCUAGGGCACUGAGCUUCCUGCUACUCGUGCUGACGGUUGAAGUAGCUGAGUGCACACCUAGCUGCCGGUAGUGUUGUUGCUGCCAUGAGGACAGGUGAUAGAGCGCAUGGUGUUACGCUUGCUACCCACGUGCCUCUAGUAGUACAUGGUCCCGGCUUGGGUUGGAAGGUCAGUGGCCGAGACGCUUGCACUAUUGCGCCGCGUCUGGACAUGUAUUGGGAUGAUGGGACUUACACUACGGUAGUGUCGGCAAUGUAAACCUGCAUCGAC